CAGUUUUAGCAUUUCCGCCGUCUUUGGGCUAGCGAUGUUCCCUUAAUACAUCCAUGCUAGCGAUGCGAAACACUCCCCCCCCCCUCCUGUGUGAAAUAGAUCCGCACUGUGUUCCUCAGACCAGCGACUAACGUUAGUGCUGAAGUUGGUGUCUAGACACGGCUCUUCCUUGAGACAGGAGGCAGGGUGUGAGAGAGGUCCACAAUGUCUGAACUUUUUAUGGAGUGUGUUGAGGAGGAGCUGGAGCCGUGGCAAAAACAAGUUCCUGAAGUUAACUUGAUAGAUGAUGAUGAUGAUGAUGAUGAACCCAUCUUCGUUGGAGUACUCUCUAAUAACCAGAAGGAUGGUAAUCCUAACCCUCCACCUCAAGAAAUAAAGCCUCCUCCUCCUCAGCCUGCCAUUGGCUCCUCGCCAAUGAUGCUGCCAUUGAGUGUGGCUGGAAAUGCAGUAAAUACUGCAGCACCCAAUCUGACAACAGUGACCCCCCAACCUGUUAUCAUCAAUAACCAGGGCUUCAUUGUCACGUCUCCACAAUUGGCAAACAACCGUGAGUUCAUUGCCUCUCUUGGGAGCCAGUACCCUCCCGGGACUUCCUUUACAAUUGUACCAGCUAGUCAGCAGCAGCUUUUUCAGCAGGUCACUUCAGCCACAGUAAUGCCUCGUGCCGUCCACAGGCCUCAGGUGCAACAAAUUAGCAACAACGUUGUGACGUUGUCUAACGUGCAGAGUCCUGCUGUGUAUUCAGCACAACCUCACCAGCUGCAACUCAUCCGGUCCAACUCACAAUCUCGUCAGACCUUUUCUGUGCCUGUAAAGGCCAAUAACAAUAACAGAGAUCAAAGUUUAGUCAAACUAGGACUACCACCACGGCCAAUAGAGAGCGCAGCAAAAAGACCCAAGCUUGAUUUGGGGCCAGCAAAAGUAAUUGCCCCUAUGGAAAAUGGGAUUUUAAAGAAAAAGUGCCCAAAGUGUCAAGAAGAAUUCCUUACACAGGAGGCCCUGAAAUUUCAUAUAUUGAGCUGCUGUGCAGUUGUGGAAAGUGCAGCUCCAUCAGCCCUAAACUUUGUUGCAAACAAGCGCAUCAUGCUGGUCUCAGACUUCUACUACGGACAGUUUGAGGGAGAUUGGGACAAGAAGGACGGGCAGAAGCCCAAUACUACUUUCAAGUGCCAGAGCUGUUUGAAAGUUCUCAAGAACAAUAUCAGGUUCAUGAACCACAUGAAGCACCACCUGGAGCUUGAGAAACAGAACAGCGAGAGCUGGGAAAGCCACACAACUUGCCAGCAUUGCUACAGACAGUACAUGACUCCAUUCCAGCUGCAGUGCCACAUCGAGAGCGCUCACAGCCCGAUCGAAUCCUCAACCAAUUGUAAGAUAUGUGAGCUAGCGUUUGAGUCAGAGCAAGUUCUCCUGGAACACAUGAAGGACAACCACAAGCCUGGGGAAAUGCCCUACGUCUGCCAGGUCUGCAAUUUCCGGUCGUCUUUCUUCACGGAUGUGGAGACGCAUUUCCGAAGUGUCCAUGAAAACACAAAAGACCUGCUCUGUCCCUUCUGUCUCAAAGUUCUUAGAAGUAGUCAUAUGUACAUGCAACACUACAUGAAACAUCAGAAAAAAGGGAUCCAUCGCUGUGGAAAAUGCAGACUGAAUUUUCUCACAUACAGGGAGAAAGUGGAUCACAAGACUCACGUCCACAAGACUUUCAGAAAACCUAAAGCCCUGGAAGGUCUUCCUCCAGGAACAAAGGUGACCAUUCGAGCCUCCCUUACAGGAAAGACACCCACAUUGGCGACCUCCCCUGAUCAAUCUGGCUUUAUUGUCAGUCCAGAAACACUAAGUUUCAACCCGCAAACCAAACCUCCAGUCAGCAUAUCCAAGUUUAAGUCAAACAUCUCUGGAGUGGGAAAAGCCAAGACGACUCCAAGCAAGAAGCAAGAUAGCCGGAAUACUCCCAAGCACAAUCUGGCGCUCAGGAAUCUCAGAGUCAAUGGAGGGCGGUUCACUUGCAUUGAGUGCAACACACGAGUUGAUCACUUCUUUUCUCAUUUCCCAAUGCUUUCAAAUUGUGGUGCGUGCAAAUAUCGGACAAGUUGCAAAGUCUCCAUUGGGAAUCAUAUGAUAAGAUUCCAUAGUACCAUAACCAAAAACAGAUUUUUGAAAAUGGAUCAUAAGAAAUAUCCAUCUGCAUCAAGAUUUACCCUGGUCUGUCUGAACUGUGACCUGCUCGCAGGCGCAUCAGGCGGUGACCUGAUGACCAAACAUUUAACUGAUAGACCAAAUCACGUAUGCAAAGUCAUUCAGGAGAAAGCAGAUAACAAAGCCAAAGAUCGAGUGCAUCUCGUCUUGGGGCAGCCAACAAAAGUCGUGUACGUCUUGACUUCAGCACCUUCUCAAAGACCAAAGGAAAUGGACUUGAAACCAAUUGAAAGUGUCACAUCUGAAAGUGUUACUCUCACCACUGUUGACCAACUACAACCAGAGCCGAUGUUACCAGCAGGUGAUCAGGAAAAGGGUUCCACAGAAACAAGUUUUGUUGAAGGUUCCUCUGAAGGACACUUAAAGCAGUCAUCACUGCCCGCUUUAUCGUCUUGCUUUACAUCAGAUGGGGAUUUAGAUCUCUGUGAAGAGUCAGUGGGUAACUCAGAGAGCCAAGAUGUCAGAGAGCAGCUCCCUGAGCAUGAGACUAAGGAACAACAUGUCAUAGAGCCGCUCCCUGAGCAUGAGACUAGGGAACAACAUGUCAUAGAGCCGCUCCCUGAGCAUGAGACUAGGGAACAACAUGUCAUAGAGCCGCUCCCUGAGCAUGAGACUAGGGAACAUGUCAUAGAGCCGCUCCCUGAGCAUGAGACGAGGGAACAUGUCAUAGAGCUGCUCCCUGAGCAUGAGACUAGGGAACAUGUCAUAGAGCCGCUCCCUGAGCCCAACACUAGGGAACAUGUCAUAGAGCCGCUCCCUGAGCCAGAGACUAGGGAACAUGUCAUAGAGCCGCUCCCUGAGCCAGAGACUAGGGAACAUGUCAUAGAGCCGCUCCCUGAGCCAGAGACUAGGGAACAUGUCAUAGAGCCGCUCCCUGAGUCCGACACUAGGGAACAUGUCAUAGAGCCGCUCCCUGAGUCCGACACUAGGGAACAUGUCAUAGAGCCGCUCCCUGAGCCAGAGACUGGGGAACAACAAACUAAAUCAGAAAAUCUGUACGUCAGCUAAACAACGCUCAUGAAACAUGAGAAGAUAACUGCUUCAUCAGUCAUACCUCAGCAUUGUUUCUUUUACAAACAUGAUAAUGUUGCUUUGGCUACUAAUCCCCUCAAGAUUUGUGUGUUUGACAAGUCAAUUACAACAGGAAAAAAUAUUUUAUCAUACUUAUUUUUUCUCUUCUCUCAAGCUUCCAUUGCCUAAAUAGAUGUAAACUAUCUUUGUAUUUAUGAAUAAAAAAAACAUCCACCACAGUGUUCUUAGUUGCCCCAUAAACUAUGUAGUUAAAGAAUUUGCAUAGUUAUACUUUUAAACAUAAGAUAUGGAACUGAUGAUUGUUGCUCAUUUUGUUUUUCUUAAAAAAUUCAAAAACUGUUCGAUGUUGUCCUU